GAAUCGGCGGCCUCUGCUGCGGUCGUGGGACACGUCGAGCCGGGCAGUAGUGGCGGGGGCUUGGGAGAAGUCCAGACCGGUGAGGAGAGGGGAACCAAUUCCGAGAGGAAGGCACAGGCGGUGGAGCUCGACCUGGGAAGACUUUUCUGCUGACUCUCAUCUUUUCUGGAAAACUGGAUCCUUCCAACCAUAUGGGGAUGAACCAUAUGGGGAUGAACCAUAUGGGGAUGAGCCACAUGGACAACAACAGUACCAUGCCGCCUCACCAUCACCUGACCACCUCGCCCUCACACUCCCACGGUGGAGGAGACAGCAUGAUGAUGAUGCCUAUGACCUUCUACUUCGGCUUUAAGAAUGUGGAUCUAUUGUUUUCUGGUUUGGUAAUCAACACACCUGGAGAGAUGGCUGGAGCUUUCGUGGCAGUGUUUUUACUAGCAAUGUUCUAUGAAGGACUCAAGAUAGCCCGAGAGGGUCUGCUACGAAAAUCUCAAGUCAGCAUCCGCUACAAUUCCAUGCCUGUCCCAGGACCAAAUGGAACCAUCCUUAUGGAGACACACAAAACUGUUGGACAGCAGAUGCUGAGCUUCCCCCACCUCCUGCAGACAGUGCUGCACAUCAUCCAGGUGGUCAUCAGCUACUUCCUCAUGCUCAUCUUCAUGACCUACAAUGGGUACCUAUGCAUUGCGGUAGCAGCAGGGGCGGGGACAGGAUACUUUCUCUUCAGCUGGAAGAAGGCAGUGGUAGUGGACAUCACAGAGCAUUGCCAUUAACGUCAGACUCCACAUGUGGCCUUAUCAAUUGCUGUAGGAAGCAUCUCGGGACCGGAAGAUAUGAUUCCGUCUCCAGUCAUCCCUUCUCUGUCCUGUCUCUUGAUACAUACACACCUACUGAUUAGAGGCCUAGUUGACAGUCUCUGAGUAGUGGUUUUUUCUAGUAAGAUGAAGUUGACUUUUCUCCUGAGAAGCUGCCUGUGAGAUGUCUUCUCCCUCAUCACCCUGAGCCUUGUCUAAUCCAGGUAGCUUCCUAGUUAAUGACUUGGUUAUCUGCUUCUUUUUAUUUUUCUGUUUGGGAGGGAGGGUUGUGCAUUUUUGUUUUAAAUGGAUAAUAUGUGUAUUUGGUGGGUGGGGUUCUGGUUCCGGGAUGGAAAGGGAUUUUAACUUCAAACAAGACUGGUGGCAAUUAGGGACUUCUCACCAACCAGGACGUAAAUUUCACAUUAGAAAAUAAGCUCCAUUCUUAACUCAGUGAGUGGGAAACACAUUGUGCCUUUCUCUAGGUGUGAUGUGUUCCAGGGUAAUUCUUGUAGUGUGUGGCGAGUGGUCAGGGACUAAAUACAGACAGGCCUAGAGUUCGUGGAGUAUGUACUCUUGCUCAC